UGAGACCGCCCUUGCAGUCGGUGGGUCUGGAGAGGUGGUGACAGGGCUGGGCCGCCACUCGGCUCUCCCAGCCUCACCCCUCACCCCCGCCCGGGACAGGUGGCUGGAGCGCUCCCCGGCCCCGCCAGCCACGGGUGGAGCGUGCGAGGGCGGAUCCCAGACGGUCGCCGCCUGCUGCGAGCGGGAGCGAGCGAAGGCUGGUUCUGGACGGCCGGGCGAGACGUCCGGCGGUAGCGGUUGAGUAUCGUGGCGGCCAAAAAAAUGCUUCUGAACCGAGGGUCCCCUGCAGGCCCUGGCGUGCCGGGCAGCGGGUUGCCCUGGCCGGGCGGGGUCCCUCAAGGCUUUGGGAUCCGCCUGAGCACGAUGAGCCCCCGCUAUCUACAGAGCAACUCCAACAGCCACACGCGACCCUUUGGUGCCAUCGCGGAGCUGCUAGAUAAUGCUGUAGAUCCAGAUGUUUCUGCCAGGACAGUCUUUAUAGAUGUUGAGAAUAUCAGUAAUGAAUCUUGUUUGACCUUUACUGAUGACGGAUGUGGGAUGACACCUGUUAAACUACACCGAAUGCUCAGCUUUGGCUUUACAGAUAAAGUAGAAAAGAAGAGCCAGUGUCCCAUUGGGGUCUUUGGUAAUGGUUUCAAGUCAGGCUCCAUGCGGCUGGGAAAGGACACUCUUGUCUUCACCAAGAAUGGGUGUUAUCUCACUGUUGGACUCCUAUCACAGUCCUAUCUGGAAUGCAUCCAGGCCCAGGCAGUUAUUGUGCCAAUUGUUCCAUUCAGCGAGCAAAGCAAAAAAAUGAUUGUUACUGAGGAUUCCUGGCUCAGCCUAGAAGCCAUUUUGCAACAUUCAAUUUUCAAAAAAGAAAAUGACCUGCUGUCCCAGUUUGAUGCCAUCACAGGCAAAAAAGGCACCCGUAUUCUCAUUUGGAACAUCCGCAGAAAUAAAGAUGGAAAGUCUGAGUUGGAUUUUGAUACCGAUCAAUAUGACAUUCUGGUGUCAGACUUUGGCACAGAAGAGAAGGAGACUGGUGGUGUUACCUCUGAGCUGCCAGAAACAGAGUAUUCUUUACGGGCAUUUUGUGGUAUUCUAUAUAUGAAGCCACGAAUGAAAAUUUUUCUGCGUCAGAAGAAAGUGACUACUGAGAUGAUUGCCAAGAGCCUGGCCAAUGUAGGAUAUGAUCUGUAUAAACCUACCUUCACAAAAAAGCAGGUGAAAAUAACUUUUGGGUUCUCUUGCAAGAAAAAUAACCAGUAUGGAGUAAUGAUGUAUCAUAACAACCGACUCAUAAGAUCUUUUGAGAAGGUGGGAUGCCAGGUGAAGCCAACUCGUGGAGAAGGUGUAGGAGUAAUUGGAGUCAUUGAGUGCAAUUUCUUAAAACCUGCCUACAACAAGCAAGACUUUGAGUACACCAAAGAGUACCGGUUGACAAUAAAUGCCCUUGCCCAGAAGCUCAAUGCUUAUUGGAAGGAAAAGACAUCCCAAGAGAACUUUGAGACCUCAGCUAUAGCCAGGCCAAUACCGAAAAUUCCUGACCAGACGUGGGUACAGUGUGAUGACUGUCUUAAAUGGAGGAAGCUUCUUGGCAAGGUUGAUCCUUCUACAUUACCUGCAAGAUGGUUUUGUUACUAUAAUUCCCAUCCAUUGUACAGGACAUGCUCUGUUCCAGAGGAGCAAGAACUCUUUGAAGACCUGCACUUGAGGAAGAUGAAGAAACAAGAUCAAACUGUUGAGAAGAAGGUGCCAGUGGGAAAUGAGAACAACCAGGUAUUUACUAAUCCACUGAAGAUUGCUACUGUUCAAGAUAUGGAUGAACUGAAUAAAAAGACAAUUGGAUGUGAGAGAAUUGAUAGCCCUAGCCAAUUUCCAUCUGUUGGAGAAGAAAGCAGAACAUCUCCUUUUCAACUUAAGCCUCUGAAUUUCAGUAUUUUUCAGUUCUCCAGUAAAUACAAAAGGAUGCUGGGUCAGGAACCUGUGGAGAAACGAAGGAGGCUCCAGGAGACCGCAACAACUCCUCUAGAUUACUGCAUGCCUGGCUUUUACAGGAGUGGAGAGGCGGCUGUUGCCUACCCCGAAGGGAAGAAGAGCCAAGAUCAAUCCAGUUCUGAGAGAAGCAUACUGCCAUACCUUUACCCAGAAUACCCAGAAGCGAGUAAGAAUACCAGUCAGAAUAGGGAGGUUUCCAAUCUGAAUUCUGGGGCCCAAUAUCAACAGCAGGGGUCCCUGCCCCCUGAAGGAUUAGAUCAGAUGCCAAUAUUGGUAGCAGAAGAAUCCAACAGAUGCAACACAGACAGAAGCAAGGAGGAAGUCAACAAGGGACCUUUUGUAGCCGUUGUCGGUGUUGCCAAAGGUGUUAGAGAUUCGGGAUCUCCCAUUCAGCUGAUCCCUUUCAGCAGAGAGGACCUUUCUGAGAGAAGAAGAGCAGGGGAAUCCUGGAGCCUAGUGCCUUAUUCUUCUGUGGUCUCUGCUACAGCCAGAGGGGAGAAAGGAAGAGACUGCAAGGACAGUAGAGGCCGUAAUGUGCCAAAGUCGAAGAACCAAAGCGAGAUGGAAGAACUGAAAAGAACCACAGAACAACUGCAACAUGUUUGGGCUGAAAGAAAUUUCCUCCACCAAAAGGUAGUGGAGCUGGAACAGGAGCGGAAUUUCUGGCAUUCUCAAUUCAAGAAAAUCCAAUAUGAAUUGAUGACCUACAAUACCCAGGAGACAGAAAGCUUGUAUUGGAGUAAGAAACACAUGGGCUUUCGCCAAGCUGAAUUCCACAUGCUGAAAGCUGAGCUGGAAAGAACCAAAGAAGAAAAGCAAGAACUGGAAAAGAAAUUGAAGGAGACAGAGACACACCUGGAAGUGCUGCAGAAGGCUCAGGUCUCCUAUCAGACCCCAGAGGGAGAUGACCUAGAAAGGGCUUUGGCAAAGCUUACACAGCUGCUUAUCCAUGUCAGCUAUCUCCUUACUUCUAUCCUCCCCCACUUGGAGCUUCCUAAGAUCAGGUUUGACUCAGAACAAGUGGAUGGGAUCCUGUAUACAGUUCUGGUGGCAAAUCACAUACUAGAUUGAGCACUAGACUAUAUACUCUUAUACCUUUCUCUGCCCUGCCCUUUCCCCUCUCCUCUUCCCUCCCUCCUUCCCCCUCAUCCCCUCUCCUCUCCUCCCCUCCUGUCUCCUCCCCUCCCCUCCCCUCUCCUCUCUUCUCCUUUCCCCUCCCCUCCCUUCCCCUCCCUUUCCCUUCCCUUUUAUUUUCUUUUCUUCCUUCCCUCCCCCACUUGUCUCUCUCUCUCUCUCUCUCACCUUCAUGCCUUAUAUAGAGAAUCUUUGAGUAAACCCUGGCUCUUAAAUCAGUCUGCUUCUUACUCAGUUUUGGUGUGGAGAAAGAGGCUGGUUAAAUAGGCUUUCAAGAGUUUCAGGAACAAAAAAGCAAUAGUCACCAAACCAGGUGACCUGAAAGCUUUGACUUUUGUGACUUAAAUACUAGGCCUGUUUCAUAUUUUCUGAAGUGGUUUGUAUUCAUUUAAGUUAAAUCAGUCAGCAAAUAUUGGGUCCAGUGUACUAGGUGUUGUGAGAUAACUUAAGUAUAACUCAUGUUUUCAACCCUCAAGAACCUAGUUGGAAACACAAGACACACACCAAGUUAACACACAAUUGUUUCUUUAAGUUGUAGGACUGUGAUUGAUAUUUUUUCUUUUUCCUAUCUCCUGCCUUUUUCAAGUUUUCUAUAAUAAACGUGUUGUUGUU